AUGGAGAAAUCUCAGCAGAAAGACCGGAAAAACCCCAAAUCCUCUAAACAAGAUGCCCAGCCUGUUGAACAGAAACUUGACACCAGUAACCGAGGGCUGAAGAAAGUGAGCAACAAGACAGUGAUAACAGGAGGUGCUGGCUAUUUUGGCUUUACCCUUGGCCGUGCCCUUGCCAAAUCAGGAACUAGUGUAAUUCUCUAUGACAUUAAGCAACCUAUCUGGGAAAUUCCAAAAGGAGUAGUACUCGUACAGGCAGACGUGAGGCACUAUGACCAGCUUUAUGCAGCCUGCGAAGGGGCAGACUGUGUCGUUCACGCAGCCGCGUACGGAAUGUCAGGAAUAGAACAAUUGCACAGGAGACAUAUUCGGUCUGUCAACGUCGGAGGAACCGGGGUCGUCAUUGAAGUCUGCAAGCGACGAAGCGUCUCCAGGCUGGUCUACACAAGCAGCAUCAACGUGGUGUUUGGCGGGAAAAACCUUUUUGACGUCGACGAGCAGAGUGCGCCUUAUUUUCCUUUAGCAGAGCAACUGAAUGAGUAUUCCAGAACCAAAUCAGUUGCAGAACAGAUGGUUCUAGGAGCAAACGGAGUGUCCUUAGCAGGAGGUGGCAAGCUGCACACCUGUGCUCUUCGACCGCCUGGCAUCUAUGGGCCGGAAGAACAAAGGCAUCUGCCCCGGCUAGCCUUGAAUAUUCAAAGAGGGAUGUAUAUCUGCACAUUUGGGGGACCAGAGACCCGGAUGAACUGGGUUCAUGUCAAGAAUCUCGUGCAAGCUCACAUCCUCGCCAUGGACGCUCUCACUCCUGAGAAGAACUAUAUAGCUGAUGGCCAGGCAUAUUUCGUCCACGAUGGCGAGAAGGUCAACAUUAUAGAGUGGUUAACCCCACUGUUUAAAGCAUUGGGUCACAAGAAGCCAUGGAUACGUGUUCCUAUUCUUUUUGCUUAUUAUUCAGCUGUGGCAAUGGAACACAUGCACCACGUGCUCGUGCCCAUUGUUGAAAUCACACCUUUGGUCACCAGAAAUGAGGUGUGCAACAUUGCUUACACGAACACAUUCAAAAUAGAUAAAGCCCGGCAACAGCUUGGCUACACUCCAAAAAAGUACUCGUUUGCCGACUGCGUGGAUCAUUUUUUGAAAACCAGGCCCCGCAAGAAGAGUUAUUUCAUGUUCAAAUGCUUCGUGGUGAUAGCCCUGUUCAUUGCCCUGAUCGUCCUGGCAGUUUACCGCCAAGAGGUUUUCGAGUUUGUUCACGAGAGCUGGGAAAAAUAUCGGCAUCUCGUCGUGCGAUAA